CUUCCUUUAGUCCGUGGUUCAGCCUUCAGCUUCCGGUUCCGGGGAGGGGCUAAAUUUUCUUGGAGGAUUAAGGGGUCUGAGGUCCAGCUGGGAUGGCUGUUGUACCGCUGUUGUUGUUCGGGGGUUUGUGGAACGCUGUGGGAGCAUCCAGUUUGGCUGUCGUUACUUGCGGUUCUGUGGUGAAGCUACUCAACACGCGCCAUAAUGUCCGACUUCACUCACACGACGUGCGCUACGGGUCAGGCAGUGGGCAGCAGUCAGUGACAGGUGUAACUUCUGUGGAUGACAGCAACAGUUACUGGAGGAUACGGGGGAAGACUGCCACAGUGUGUGAAAGAGGAACCCCCAUCAAAUGUGGCCAGCCCAUUCGGCUGACACAUGUCAACACUGGCCGAAACCUUCAUAGUCACCAUUUCACUUCACCUCUUUCUGGAAAUCAGGAAGUGAGUGCUUUUGGUGAGGAAGGUGAAGGUGAUUAUCUGGAUGACUGGACAGUGCUCUGUAAUGGGCCCUACUGGGUGAGAGAUGGUGAGGUGAGGUUCAAACAUUCUUUCACCGAAGUACUGCUGUCUGUCACAGGAGAACAAUAUGGUCGACCCAUCAGUGGACAAAAAGAAGUGCAUGGCAUGGCCCAGCCAAGCCAGAAUAACUAUUGGAAAGCCAUGGAAGGCAUCUUCAUGAAGCCCAGUGAGUUGUUGAAGGCAGAAGCCCACCAUGCAGAGCUGUGAGUCCAGAGGUUCCAAGCCAAUCACUACACAGUAUUCAUAGACAUCUGUUGCUGCUUCACCCACGGGUUCCUGCCACGCAUCAUCUGGGCAGUGGCCAUGUCCUCAUGGAAAUAAAGAUGCACAACAGAAGGCAAUGGCUGUGUUUGGAAGCUGUAGCCCUUCAUCCUGGAAUUGGUUGCUCUCCCAUACCUGAGUCAAUUCUGAGUAGAGAACUUGCUGAUGAAAGCACAGAUGCUUUUAAUUCAUACUGAUAUAAGAAAUUAGACAAAUACUCUCUCUUAGCUGGGAGAUUUCUCCUCUUUGGGUGCUUGGCAUCAUGGAUUUUUUUUCCAGUACAUGUCUGUAGUACAUCAUAAUGAUUACAUUCAUUGUGGGGAGCU